AUGCCAAGGCAAAUCGCUACAAAUGGCAAACUCGAUGAAGACACAGCUGAUUUAGAUGCUCUUCAAAAGCAAUUGGGCAGGAUGAAUGGCCUCUCUGAUAAACUUGUGAACAUUCUGGACCUGUUUGAUGGUAGAUUACUCAAACUGGAAGCCUCCAUCUUACCCAUCCAUAAAUCGACACAAAACUUGACGAAACUCGCAAACAAUAUCGAUGCCACUCUCAAGGAAACGGAAAACAUUGUCGACUGUCUCAACAUGCCUAGCAAAGAAGAAGCUUACAUAUUGAAAGGUCCUGACGAGAAUAAUGUCUUGCCUUACUUGAAAGCAAUGGGCAGACUAAAGGAUGGUGUGGACGCUAUUGAAAAGAGCCAGCUUCGAUCUUGCGAAAAGACAACGUAUCAAAUGAAACAACUCCUGAAAGCGGGUAUGCUUCAUCUCGAGACUUUGUUUAGAAAAUGGCUGUCUGCAGUAAGCAACCCAGUAGACGUCAAUACCAUGCUCAAUUCAAACAGUGAAAUGAUGACAACCGCUUCUAUGAAACAGCUCUCACAAUUAUCCACUUAUAUUUCAUCGUCUGAAAAAGAGAUUGGCUACUCAGUGGAUUUCACAAAACCUUACAUUGAUAUCCGAUCAUCCUUCUUACAACGGUCAUUGCAUCCAUUAUCUCAAUCUGUCCAACUAUCCGAGAAGCACCAAGGCAGCUCAUAUGAAAGAGGAUCGAGUGAAUUUCUCAAGUACACUGAAUGCUAUACGAAGAUGCUGGAAUCCGAAUACAAGUUUGCUCAACAAACCAUGGGUAAUGAGCAAAGAAGAGCUGCAGCACUCAAGGGAUCGCUUGUGCCAGCCACGGUGGAAUACAUUGCAGCCGGUAAACAACUGAACGCAGUGGCCAAAAGACUCAACUAUACCGAAACAACAUUUGUGUUUGAUAUCAUCGAAAAGUUUGAUCGAGAGUGUAUAUCGUACGUGGAGGAAUUGUCUCAUGUUGUGUCGUUGCAUGAUAUCCAAGACAUGAUGAACUCGUUCAAACUGACUGUGCUUCGCAACUUUUAUGAAUUCAUGGAGGAUGUAAGAGGCAGAAAGGAAGUCAGUCAGCCUAUCAACCUCAGCAGUGAUGGCACUGUGCAUGAGAUGACCAGUAAUACUCUCAAUUAUUUCAAGCGUCUUUACAUUUGGAGAGACACAGUGGAGCCACUGCUGGUUUUGAUCGGUGAUGGUGGCUGGAACAAUAUGCCAUCGCCUCAAAUUAUGAACGACACCUCUCGCAUUCAACAGGGCGAAUCCGCUAUUGGUGCAGCCCUGCUUCAAAAGUUCUUUGUGGAUGCGUUGGACCAAAUGACAGUUGCACUGCAACUCAAAUCCAGAGGCUACAAAAAGCAGACAUUAGCUACCUUAUUCUUGCUCAACAACUACAACCACAUUUUGAGACAAAUCCGCUCUCCACCCUUGAAUGCCAUCUUUGACGACGGAUCCGAGAUGAAGUUUGGUAAGCUCGUCAAGAAACAACUGGAUGCAUACCAAGAAUCGUGGAAGCCUUGCGUUGAGAAUCUGAUGGAUGUGACCUAUGUCCGCGGAGGAGCCAUCAAGAGCUCCAUGGGAAGUCAGGAGAGGCAAUUGAUCAAGGAGCGCUUCAAGAACUUCAACACUGAGUUUGAGGAGAUUGCUAGAGCCCAACAAACGUAUGCUAUUCCAGAUACAGAGCUGAGAAAUCAAGUUAUCCGUGAUGUCAAGAACGUGCUGGUGCCCAUGUAUGGUCGAUUCUUGGAUAAAUAUCAACAUACGGAUUUCACUAAGAAUCCUGCUAAAUAUAUCCGUUAUGAUAAAGACAAGGUAGAUCGAAUGAUUAGUCAUUUAUUCGAACCUACAGCUUGA